AUGACCACCCUCUGCACACCCUCCCCUGGCCAGCCAGCCUCAAAACACAAAGAAAAAGGCAAGCUAAUGGGCCUGCCCAUGUCAAGACUCAAUGGUGACGCAAUGAAGCCGCUGGGUGCCCCUUCCCUCACGAUAGGGAUGUGGGCCAGCGCAAACCUCACCCACCCCCAUUCCCUAUCUAAGUCAAACCCGCAGGCCAACCUCCCAUCUCCCUCCCAUCCCUCUCGUAUACACCCUCCAUCGCCCUCCGCUCACUCACCUACACCCACUUACCUGUCUAUCACCCUUCACCUGACCCGAACUUUCUGCCAGGUUGCAAUUCCUGCAACCCCCAGCUGCCUAUGCCCACCCUCUUCUCUGGCCCCUCAUCCUCGGUGCCACAUCAUUUCAUAG